CUCCGCCGGGAUCCCGGGCAGGACACACCCAGCUGCAGCCCGGGCCGGGAUCCCUCGCCCGAGCUCCCCGUGCCAGCAAGCGGCUGGCGUGCGGGGCACCGGAACCGGGGAGCCCCCUUUCUCCUGCAGCCCAGCCGGCAUGGAGCCGCCCGCAACCUGCCUUUGGCUCUCGGUGUUCAGCUGCCUCCUCGCCUGGGUGUCAAGCACACCUCCUGAGUGCACCAUCAUGCUGGCGAUCGAACAUGAGCGUGAGAAAUGCCUGGCGGACUCCAGCCUGGACAAUCAGACAGCAGGUUGUGGAAGGAUGUGGGACAACAUAACCUGCUGGCCCUCAGCAGCAGUGGGAGAAGUUGUGGUGAUGCCAUGCCCCAUAUAUUUUAUCUUCUUCUCCAGUUCUCUGGGUAAUGUGACCAGGAACUGCACAAGCCAAGGCUGGGCAGACAUGUAUCCUGCCACCUAUGCAGCAGCUUGUGGGUACGAUACCAACAGCACUCCAGUAGAAGAGACGACGUUCUAUGGCACAGUGAAGACCGGUUACACCAUCGGACAUAGUUUAUCUCUCAUUGCUCUCACUGCUGCUAUGAUCAUUUUGUGCCUCUUCAGAAAACUGCACUGCACUCGAAAUUACAUCCACAUGCAUCUCUUCAUGUCUUUCAUCAUGAGAGCCAUUGCAGUCUUCAUAAAGGACGUCAUCCUCUUUGAGAGCGGCGAGUCUGACCACUGCUCUCCGAGCUCAGUGGGCUGCAAGACUGCCAUGGUUUUCUUUCAGUACUGCAUCAUGGCCAACUUCUUUUGGCUGCUGGUGGAAGGCUUGUACCUGCACACCCUUCUGGUCGUCUCUUUCUUCUCAGAGAGAAAGUACUUCUGGUGGUAUAUCCUGAUUGGCUGGGGUGCACCAUCAGUUUUCAUCACAGCCUGGACUCUCAUCAAGGUUCACUAUGACAACAUUGGGUGUUGGGAGGACAUAGGCGAGUCCCGGUACUGGUUGAUCAUCAGAGCUCCUAUUGCAGUUUCUAUUUUGGUGAACUUCAUCCUCUUCGUUUGUAUUAUCCGGAUCCUAUUCCAAAAGCUGCAUUCGCCAGAUGUCGGGCGCAAUGAAACCAGCCAGUACUCGAGACUGGCUAAGUCCACCCUGCUGCUGAUCCCGCUCUUCGGCGUCCACUACAUCGUGUUCGCCUUCUUCCCCGACAACUUCAAAAUCGAGAUAAAGCUCGUCUUCGAGCUUGUGCUCGGCUCCUUCCAGGGCUUUGUGGGGGCCGUUCUAUACUGUUUCCUCAAUGGGGAGGUCCAAGCUGAGCUGAAGCGGAAGUGGCGCAGGUGGCACCUGGAGAGGUUCCUGGGCUCUGACAUGAAAUAUCACCACCCGUCCGUCGGAAGCAACGGUACCAACUUCAGCACUCAGAUCUCCAUGCUCACCAAGUGCUCGCCUAAGACUCGCAGGUGCUCCAGCUCCCAAGCAGACUUCUCUCUGGUCUGAGAGGGAAAAACGCCCCAGCACGGAACACUUGAGAGAAACCAUCCAGGAAUUUAUUUAAAGCUGAAGAGUUGUUUUUAAACAAGACGAUCCCCGUGAGUCAAACAAAGGGCAUGAAACUGGAAAAGCCACUGACGUCCUGAAGGAGAAGAGACAAGUCAGGACACAGAGAUCUAUUUCCCUUCUUUCCAGAUCUUUAACUACAGGCUUGUCCCUGGGCAAUGGAGAAACUCACAAACUGACUAUUAAACUUGUGCACAACUCCAGCUUGCCUGGGGAGGGCCUAGGAGGUUCUGAAAGGCUCAUGAAUAGGGGGCGUGGGAUAAUUAAUGGCUUCACCUGAACCAGCUUUUCGGAAACAGGUAGAAACAAUGCACUUUUUCAAAUGAGCCAAUGAGAAAAAAACAUGCUUUUAAUGUGCCAAGAGUCUGAUCGGUAAGGGACAGCAGUGAGAUGAGGAAGGACCUACAACCAGGGGACAGAUUGUAGUAGGGUGCAGCAUUGUGCGCAUCCAGACGCGUUUCACAUUGCUACAAAUAAGCUGAAAGACCAGAAAGUCAUCUCAUCAGCUCCGGAACCAGAGUGGAAUCUGCAGCUCGCUAACAGUCUGUAUUGCCCUCGUUAAUAAAAGCUUUGAGUACCUCCACUGUGGACGACGCCUCCAAAAUGUAGCUUGCUGAGGAGCUAAAAUGUAAAUGCCCUCUUCUGCACUAUACUCGUUAUGUUUUUUUUAAAACAGGAUAUAAUAGACUUGCAUGGCUAAUGUAUAUAAACAAGGUACAGAUGUCAAUUCAGUUGCAUUGCUGUGUUUUUCACAAAAGAAACCCUCUCUGAUUAAGCUUGCGAUAAGUCUUGGCAUAUUUUUACAGCAGGAAUCUGGGGAUUUGUGGGGAGGAUAUUGGUUUAUAAUAAGUUUGUACCUGAAUAAUGCACACUGCGGGGAAGGGGAGACUUAGCACUCACGUAGUGCUUGAUUGAAUCAGACCCUCCAUCAGGAGCCACUAACCAGAGUGAAGAAUUAACUUAAUAGCAGUAGGCAGAAUUGGCUUUGGCAAAACAAGCUUAGUUCCACAAGUAACUGGUGCUGCAGGAGUUUGAAAUAGGAAAAAGGGAGCAGUGGGGCUAUGAAAUUGAUCCCUACUUCAAUUAUUCCAAACAGCUUUUAUCCUCCGAUGAAAGUAUCGCAAUGAAAAUCAUUAGAUCUUCAAUAAGGGUGAUACCAUACCUUCUGUCUGCUUUCCAACAACCUUAACAUGUACAUAUCCCGGCAUGAGCCCCAUUUGAAGUGUGUACAUAGCUCCCAUUAACACCAGUGGGCAUUUUCUUUUUCUUUACAUUUGUGGGGUGAAUUUAAUGCUGCUCCAGAGUGCCAGAUCGACAGCUGUGGAGACGUGAAGUCCUCUACUUAGACUCAUAGAACCAUAGGAUUAGAAGGAACCAAAAGGGUCAGCUAGUCUAAACCUCAGCCAAGAUGCAGGAUUUGUUGUGUGUCAUCUAUCCAAGACGGAUCUCUGCCUCUUCUUGAAAACCUUGAGUGAAGGAGCUACCACGAUUUCCCUAGAUGUCUGUUCCACUGUCCUACUGUUCUUACAGUUAGGAUUUUUUUUUCCUUGAGAUUUAAUCUAAAUCUGUUGUGCUGUAGUUUGAACCUAUUGCCUCUUGUCCUGCCCUCUGUCUCAAGAGAGAACAAUUCUUCUCCAUCUUAGCUCCCCUCUCAGAGCAACAACAGCAAGGACAGUGCCAGCUUCCUCCCACUUAUUCUUUUGUAUGGCUGGUGGAGAGCAGCAACUACAAUCUCACCUUAAGUUGAUCAAGCCAAAUGGCUACUUCAAGAGUAGCCGAAUUUAUUGCAGUGAUGCCAUCUUCAUAUUUAUAAAUUGGGCAGUAGGUGCCGAUAUGUUUGACAACCUGUCAUGGGGAACACAUUUGCAUGGUGCAGAGUCCUUGAUUUUCCAUGUGAGCAUUAGAUGUCCGCAUCUCCCAUGAUUGGUUCAGAGUGGACCAAGAUGACUGCGGAAGGUUGAACCCAGGAACCUUCUGCAUGGGAUCCGGCACAAGAUGCUUCCUCUUUCGCGCUACUCACCCCAACCAUCCCCGCACAAAGAAACACUUGCUGUAAAACUAAAGCGCUAUGGUAAUCACUGUUGUAAGAUGUAUCAUUCCAAUCUCAGGGCUGGUCUACACUACAAGGAGAGAUCAACCUAAGUUACGCAACUUCAGCUAUGUGAAUAACAUAGCUGAAGUUGAUGUAUUUAGACGUCCUUAGAUCUACUUACCACGGUGUCUUCACUGCGGUGUGUCAACAGGAGAUGCUCUCCCCCAGAUUCCCCUUGUGCUUCUUGUUGAGGUGGAGUACCAGAGUCGACACUAGAGCAAUUGGCAGUCGGCAGUCGAUUUAUUGUGUCUAUACUAGACACAAUAAAUAGACCCCUGCUGGAUCGAUCUCUGCCCAUUGAUCCGGCUGGUAGUGUAGACAAGCCCUCACUUACCUUGUUUUUACACUGGUGAAACAUGAUUGACUGGAAUAGAGUUACUCCUGAUUUUACAUCAACGUCAGUGAGAUGAGAAUCAGAUCCUAUUGUAUAGCUUACAAUAGCAAUAAUGUCAUUUGGGGGGUUAAUUCAGCAUGCUGCAGAAUUUUUUUUAAAGGGACCCUCCUGCCCACUUGGAGUAAUAAGAAUGAUGCAUGCACAUGAAGGGGAAGAUAUAAUAGUCCUUCAAUGUUUUGCUUAUCAUGAGGGUGAGAAAAAGAGAGCUCCAGCUGUGCAUUAAAAAAUUGCUUCUGUUCAUGCAUAGGAUGCUGCAUCACUGGGCUUUGUUAUUAAAGGGGAAUGCCACCUUUAAGCUUUGUCUGGAAGCUGUUGCAAUUCUGUGCCAGGCAAUCACCCCGUUUCCAAGAGUAGACCUGAAAAUCAUAGUCCUUGCGCCAGUUUCUGACUCCAGUUUGGUGGGUGGCACCAUGCUGGGAGAAAUUAAUCCUGGAAUGGUGCCAGCUUAUGCCUGUGCUGGGCUUGGUCCGUGGACGUUUCCAGGGGAGUAACUGUGGGCACCACUUAGUCAUUUACAUGGAAUUUCCCCGACAUCUGUGUUCCCCUAGUGUUCAGAUCUGAGAGGGAGAAAAAUACCAGGAGGGGAAAGUCAG